AUUAUUAAAAUAUAUCGGUAUACGGGGGUUAACGGCAUAAUCCUAAUAUGCUUAACAACCAAAACAACGGCUACAAAAUACCGCACGUUCCGUAUAAUUGUUUUUAAAAAAAGGCAAACAAAUAGGGUUCCAAUUAUCGCCUUAUUGGGAAUCAAUAACUUUUUGCAACGGAAGCGCGUUGCGGAUACCCAUAUAAAGCAAAAAAAAGGCAAUGUUCGUUUUGGGGGCAAAUCCAUUAAAAUCGAAAGCGUUGCAGCGGCGCUUGUCGCGCGUUUUACGCUUUUUUUUAGCGAAAGUCUUUUUGCCGCGGCGGUUAAAACCCGCCGGGGGGUUACCGGUAAAACGCUUGCGGAAAUUUUAAAAAGCUACAAGCGCAAAAGGGCCCGAUGGACCCGCAAUAUUUAA